AGCUGGGGGUCCGAAGGCCGGCUCGGCCACCCCUACCCCACCCCCAGGCAGCAGGCUCUAGCAGGCUUUUUCUCCUCCGCUCUGCCCUCGAGCUGCUUUUCCUUUCUUUUGCAUUGAUUGAGAGUUCAUUCGAGUUCACCUUUCUGCAAGGGAUGGAUUGUUGUUUGUUGUUUUAAAGUCCUCUCUCUCUCUCUCUUUCUCUUUCCUUGUUUUUCCUGCAUGUUCAACAUAUGUCCCUCCUCCUUACCCCUCUCCCCAACCCCCACCUUUUCAAAAAAAAAAAAACCAACAACCUGAGAUUGUACUUUUGUACAGGAGGUUCAAAUUACAAAUGGCAAUUUUAUGCACUUCGCCGUAUUAACGCUGCCGCCUGGGCAGAGCUCAUGUGACCCCUCCGUGGAUUAACAUUCUGCUUAAAAAAAAGAAAAAGAAAAUACCUCUUGUUUUCUUUUUAUCCUUUCACUUUUGAAACCAAGAGAGCCCUGUAGGGAGUAGGAAAUUGUGGGCAAGGGGUCUUUGGGCCGCUGCUUUUGCUUUGCGCCAGUUGGGUCUUUGUGAUAUAAAAUUCGCCCAGAGCCGGCAACGGUGCUCUACCAAUGGCGCGCUGCGCGCCGGGCGCGGGCUCCGGCUCGAGGCGAGCCACUGCCGGCCUUUCUUUGUGUUUCUGCGAGAGCGACUCUCCCGGUCCAGAGUCAGAUAACAGCGGGAGCCUGAGCCUGGCUUGCUUUCCUCGGCCGUCACGGGCCUUCUCCGGGCUCCUCCAGCGCCCGCCGCCUGCCCCCUGCCUCUCUCCGGCUUCCUCUAGUCUGUGCCGGCCUCUCUCUCUCUUUCACUCUCCGCCCUCCCUCUCCCUUGUCUCUCCUCUUCGGAGCUCGCGGAUCAGGCAAAGAGGCUAGCCCCUGUCGCUGUCUGUCGCCGGGGUUUCCCUCCUGGACUGGGGUUGAGGUUACAAGGUUCGGGGACGGUCGUUCAGGGGUGGCCACAGGCCGUCUGGGUAAACGUUGAUGUCUUGUGCAAAAGCGUCUCACCCUCCCCCCCUACGCUCCCCUCCAGUCCCUUCGCCAAUCAAUAAGAAAUAUCAGCUGUUUAACAGGUUUUUUUUGAAGGGUGCCCCCCAGAAUGCUACAUUCCGCUAAGAGCUCCGGGGACCGGACCCCCCCCAUGCAAAGUGACCAAUGCUGGGUCCUAGGCAGACUAACCCCAGAUGGGCCUCUCAGCCGUUCAGAGGGGCAGGAUGCCGCCCACUCAGCCUACCCACGGGCAGUUUGCGCUGACCAACGGGGACCCCCUCAACUGCCACUCGUACCUGUCCGGAUAUAUUUCUCUGCUGCUGCGCGCGGAGCCCUACCCCACGUCGCGCUUCGGCAGCCAGUGCAUGCAGCCCAACAACAUCAUGGGCAUCGAGAACAUUUGCGAACUGGCCGCACGGAUGCUCUUCAGCGCCGUCGAGUGGGCCCGGAACAUCCCCUUCUUCCCGGACCUGCAGAUCACGGACCAGGUGGCCCUGCUCCGCCUCACCUGGAGCGAGCUGUUCGUGUUGAAUGCGGCGCAGUGCUCCAUGCCCCUCCAUGUCGCCCCGCUCCUUGCCGCUGCUGGCCUGCACGCUUCCCCCAUGUCAGCCGACCGGGUGGUCGCCUUUAUGGACCACAUACGGAUCUUCCAAGAGCAAGUGGAGAAGCUCAAGGCACUGCACGUCGACUCUGCCGAGUACAGCUGCCUCAAGGCCAUAGUCCUGUUCACCUCAGAUGCCUGUGGUCUGUCUGAUGUAGCCCAUGUGGAAAGCUUGCAGGAAAAGUCCCAGUGCGCUUUGGAAGAGUACGUUAGAAGCCAGUACCCCAAUCAGCCAACACGGUUCGGGAAGCUCUUGCUUCGCCUCCCUUCCCUCCGCACGGUCUCCUCCUCAGUCAUAGAGCAAUUGUUUUUCGUCCGUUUGGUAGGUAAAACCCCCAUCGAAACCCUCAUCCGGGAUAUGUUACUGUCCGGCAGCAGUUUUAACUGGCCGUAUAUGGCAAUUCAAUAAAUAAAUAAAUCAAAAUAAGAAGGGGGAGUGAAACAGAGAAAGAAAAGGCAAAAGACUGGUUUUGUUUGCUUAAUUUCCUUCUGUUAAGAAAGGAUGUUACAAGUUUGCUAAAAGAAGAGAGGGGAAGAAUUUAAUGGACUGUGAAUUUCAAAAAAAAGAGAGAGAGAGACUGUCAAAUGAACUUUUACAGAAUGCAUUAAAAAAAAAAAAAGAAUCAACUCCUGUGUUGAGCAGAACAACUUGCUACUUAUCAUUUUUGUAUAAAAAAGGAAAUUAGUCUUUUUUCUUUUUGGUAAAUUUUUGAAAAAUAUUGCUAAAAGUGCAUCUAAGGAGAUUGGGAGAAAAUUAGCAGAAUGGACAAAGUAAGUCUUUUUUUUUUCCAAAUUAUUAAUUGUCCUGUGUCUAUGUACCUCUAGCUGUUCUUUUUUUUUUUUUUUUUUUUACUUUUCUGGUUCCAAACCAGUUUAUUCUGUGGUUCUAUAAUAAGUUUUGAUAUAAUCUUGGCUUCUUAAAAACUGUGUAUCAUUAAAAUAUAUGUUCUGCAAGAAUUAAAACUGAGUCCAUGAAGAUAUCCUAGGAAGACAUAAAACUUUAAAAGGCAACUCAGAGAUGACGGAAAUGCACUUACAAAUGGUGGCCAAAUUUUUUAGGUGAAGUUGAGCACUCUAAUUAGCAAGCUGGAGGAAUCACAUCAACACUUAGCUUCCCCUUCCCCCACCCCAUACCAUGACAAACCUAGCUUUUUAAAAAUAUUUUAAGAAAGAGAAGGAACUGUGGAAUUUAUUGGCAGCCAAGGAAUGUGUCCAAGACACAAGCUGAGGUUUUGAAUAAAAAGUGAACUUUUGUAAUUUGAAUUGGGUUCCCCCCCCUUAGUUCUUGAAUUGUUAUGAAUCCUAUAUCUGUUUGUAUAUUUGCAAGCCCUUUGUAUUAUAAUUGUUGAUAUUUCCCCUUUUUAAAAAAUUACCAUUGAAAUCAGCAUGACAAAAUAACACUGUUGGCACUUAUAGGUAACGUGAUUGAUUCAGUAUCUUAGAGUUUACAGUUUGUGUUUUUAAAAAACUGAAGGUUUUUUUUUUAAGUGCAACAUUUCUGUAUACUGUAAAAGUUAUAAUAACUGAACUGUUUGGUCGAGUCUUUGUGUGUUAUAUUCCAAGGAAAAUUGAAAGUAUUCAGAAAUUAAAAUAUUAUUUGAUAUCUGAAA